GAAUACAAGCAACAAGUCAUCAUCGGUUUCAGAGAUGCACAGAUGAGCAUUAAAACUACCAUUUCUCCAUCAAUCUAAUAAAAAAAUAUUACAACUUCUUAAGUUUCCCCUAAAAUAAAAUAGACCCCGAGGUAGAAUUUCAAAAUUAAAAUCCAAAAUCAAAUGAAAGAAAAAACAUAUAAUAAGAAAACAAAAAUGUAGGCAUUAUAGCGAGCCAAGAGCUGAUUGAAACAAAGCACUGGCUUUCUGAAACACCAUCGUUUGUUAUCAGAUCCUCUUCUCUCUCUUUUCCAUUUGAAAUGGAAAUAAGAUUUAGACACAACCGCUGUGUUCAUAGACUCGUUAAUCUCACACAGCAGUUUGCGUCUAAGAGAACCUCUUUUAGGGUUUUCGAUUAGUUUUGCUUCUGUAUUUAUACAAACCAUGAUCUGGUAAUUUACACUCAUACCCCUAAAUGUUUCAUUAAUUAUGUUUACACGCCUACAGUUUUUGGGCCCAGGAUGCCUUAAUGGGCUUCAUGUAGAAUCCAAGCCCAAUACGGAUUGUUGUGCGUUCCGACGAGCGUAGAGAGAUUCAAAACUAAUUAGGGUUUUAUUAUUUUUCUGCAGAGAGAGGAAGAAACUUUUGCUGCUCCUACUCGCUCGCUCGCGCUGUUGCUUUCUCUUUCUCUCUCUGCGAUUAUUAUCUCUUGAGCUUUGGAAGCGUGCGAUAAUGGCGGCGAACAUGGCGAGGUCGUUCCUUCAAGUGGCAGCAACGGAAGAAGUUGCCUCUCCACUCAGAGUUGUACAGAUCGAAGGAUUGGCUAUAUUAAAGAUAAUCAAGCAUUGCAAGGAGUUUUCACCAGCUCUAGUCACAGGCCAACUUCUUGGAUUGGAUGUUGGCAGUGUUCUUGAAGUUACUAAUUGCUUCCCUUUUCCGAUAAGAGAAGAGGAUGAGGAGAUUGAAGCAGAAGGUGCUAACUAUCAGCUUGAGAUGAUGAGAUGUUUGAGAGAGGUUAACGUUGACAACAACACUGUUGGAUGGUAUCAGUCAACUCUUUUUGGUUCUUAUCAAACAGUAGAACUAAUUGAGACCUUCAUGAACUACCAGGAAAAUAUUAAGCGGUGUGUUUGCAUAAUUUAUGAUCCAUCAAGGUCAAACCAGGGUGUCUUAGCACUGAAGGCGUUAAAGCUUUCUGAUGCGUUCAUGGAACUUCACCGCAAAAAGAACUUUACAGGAGAGACGUUGAGGGAGAAGAACUUGUCUUGGGUUGAUAUUUUUGAGGAAAUACCUAUUAAAGUCUCAAAUUCUGCCCUUAUAAGUGCCUUUAUGACUGAACUGGAAGCUGAUACCCCUGUUACCCAGUGUGACUAUGAUCGUUUGCAAUUAUCAACUGGUCCAUUUAUGGAGAGGAAUAUGGAAUUUUUGAUUGAAUGCAUGGAUGAUUUGUCAAUGGAGCAGCAAAAGUUCCAAUUCUACUAUCGAAGCUUGUCACGACAGCAAUCCCAACAGCAAGCAUGGCUUCAGAAGAGAAGGGCUGAGAAUGCUGCAAGGAAGGCAUCUGGUGAAGACCCUUUGCCGGAGGAGGAUGCUGCAAAUCCUAUUUUCAAGCCUCUUCCCGAGCCAUCUCGUUUGGAGAGUUUCCUUAUCACAAAUCAAAUAUCAAACUACUGCAACCAGAUUAAUGGGUAUGUUACAGUUUCAUGCAUGAUUAUGUCCUGUUUUUAUUUUUCUUUCUCAAGUAUGAAGAUUUGCGUUUGAUUUUGCUCUGGCUACCAAUUGACAUUGUUGACCUGUAAUUAAUUGAUGACAAAUUCACAUUUUUAUCUUGGGUGAAAUACUUAUCCAGGGUUGCUGGUCAAAGCUUCAACAGAUUGUAUUUGAUGAAGGCAUUGCACGAAGAGUAAUGCAACGGAUUGGUAAAUGCCGUUUUUGGUCGAGAACUGAUCCAACUAGAAAGUCAUAAGUAGAGUUUUUGUUUUCUCUAAUAUCAUGCACCGGUCGGUACUCUGAUAGAAGAUAAUGGUUGCCAUGUAAUUGUUUAUGCUUAUUAUCGGUAUAAUUAUAAUUAUAUUCUGCCCUUUGUCUUAAA